AUGUUGACCAACCUUUUGGAAAUCGCGCCGGGAUGCCUCUUUAUCACUAAAACCGUCCAAACCUCGGACCGGAGCGGUGACAAGAUAUCUCUGGCGGUCGCCGUCAAUCUUGUUGAUGCAUCUGCAACGGGACCAACCACCGAGGUGCCACGCCAUUUGGGAUGGCGGCGAGAUGUCACCACCUACCUAGGCUCUCUGACUUAUGUUACCAGUCUGGAUUCGCUAUGUGGCUACGUGACCGAAGACGUUCAUCGACCACUAUACUGUUCCGCGGGCCAAUACUGCUCCACCCAAGACUCAUAUCUGUUAUGCUGUGCGACGACGACCGAGCGAAUCAGCUCCGACACUUAUUUCUACACAAUAACGAUCCAAGACAGAGACGCAGACCCGACAUAUUCCACCAGCACCGCCGUCCAAACACUUUCUCUGACCGUGGGCGCCGACUGUACCACUGCCAGCACCACAUGCUACAACUACGACAACACCGACAGCUGCACAGACAGCACCUGUACGGCGAGCGCAUUGAUGUGCACCGACCAGUAUUUCCCUUCCUGUGCCUCCCUCUACAGCAUGAAAUACAACUAUACCAUACUCGGGACAUCCUCGAUGAUCAGCAACUCGGUUCAAAAAGGACUCAGUUACUUUUGUGACACGGCCGCGUUUGGCUUGUCUUACACCUACUUCGCAUACGGCGCCGUUAUCACAAGCACAUUGACCUCGACAAAGUCGACCGAGACCGACACAGACGGCGGCGAGACAUUUACUCCCACGCCCACGCCGUUCAGUCUCACUCAGGCUUCAAGGCCUGCCGCUGCUUCAGGGGCAACGACGUCCACUGCACCGACGUCAACUUCAACUUCAGCGGGCAACUCACUCACACUCGGCAAAUCUUCUCUAUCUGUUCUCAAAGUCUGGUGUUUGUCCUUGUCCCUGCCCGGUAUAGUUUGGUUGAUAUCAUAG